AUGCGCAAGCGCACUGAGCUCGCUCUAGUUUCCUCAUCCUUCUUUGCCGGGUUUUCAGCUCCGCCUUCCGGGGGAAACUGGCGCAAGGCACUGGGAGGGGCAGAAAGAGGGUCUGACGAAGGCGGGGCCUUGGCGGCGGCAGAGAUUGCCGGGCGCUCAGCUGCCAUCGCUGAGCGGUCAACAAGCGCGGGCCUGGCGGAGCGGGGCGGCGCGCGGAGGCCGCGAGGCGACCGGGAGCGGCUGGGCCCCCGGCGGCGCGGUCCUCGGUCUGGCCGGGAGUCGCGCCAGUCGGAACGCCCAGGCGAGCGCCGCCAGCCUCCCUCUCAGCGUCCCUCCUUGCGGAGUGCAACCAGCGGGCAUGAGCGAUCCACCAGAGGCUCCGCCACCGGCUCCGGUAGGCCGCGGGUAAAGAAGAAAGGCCGUCCUCGCUCGACCCGGAGCGAGAAGGGGACCCGGCGCAAAGAGACGACCCAGGCCGACGAGGCGGCCCAGGGCAAGCAGGCAACCCGGGGCAAGCAGGCGUCCCGGAGCAAGGACAAGGAGGUGACCACGGCGGAGGAGGUGGCCGGGACCAAGGAGGUGGCCGGGACCAAGGAGGUGGCCGGGACCAAGGAGGUGGCCGAGACUGAGGAAGUAGCCGGGAUCGAGGAGCUGCCCAAAGCUGAGGAGGUGGCCCGGGUCGAGGAGGUGGCCCGGAUCAGAGAAGUGGUCCGGACCAGAGAGGUACCCCGAACCAGAGAGGUGCCGCGGAUAAGAGAGGUGCCCCGGGCCCGACAGCUGAUCUACACGGCGGAAGUGAUCCUGCCCGCCGAUGUGCCCCAGACCGCGCAGCUGACCCAGGCCCCGGAGGUGACCCAGGCCACGGUGGUGACCCAGCCCGAGGAGGUAACCCAGCCCUGGGAGUUGACCACCGCCAAGUUGACCCGGAGCGAGUACAUGAUUCCAAUCGAGGUGGCGACCCAGACCGAGGACAUGGCAGCAAGCGGGCUCAACGUGACCGUCACCCACAGCAAUGAGAAGCACGAUCUUUAUGUUAUCCCGCAGCAGGGAAGCCUUGAACCAGUUGUCCAAGACCUGGCCCAGGUUGUUGAAGAGGCCACAGGUGUUCCACAGCCUUUUCAGAAGCUUAUAUUUAAGGGGAAAUCUUUGAAGGAAAUGGACUCACCUUUGUCAGCACUUGGAAUACAAAAUGGUUGCCGGGUUAUGUUAAUUGGGGAAAAGAAUAACCCAGAAGAAAAGGCUGAACUAAAGAAAUUGAAACAUUUGGAGAAGUCUGUGGAGAAGAUAGCUGACCACCUGGAAGAGUUGAAUAAAGAAUUUACUGGAAUCCAGCAGGGUUUUCUGGCUAAGGAUUUACAAGCCGAAGCUCUCUAUAAACUUGACAGGAGAGUAAAGGGCACAAUUGAGCAGUUUAUGAGGAUCUUGGAGGAGAUUGACACAAUGAUCCUACCAGAAAAUUUUAAAGACAGUAGGUUAAAAAGGAAAGGCUUGGUGAAAAAGGUUCAGGCAUUCCUAGCUGAGUGUGACACGGUGGAGCAGAACAUCUGCCAGGAGACCGAACGGCUACAGUCUACAAACUUGGCCCUUGCUGAGUGAGGUACAGUGGAGAAAGGCUGUACUGUUCUGAAUUGCAGCACCACCGCUCUGGAACAGAAGUUGCCUGUUUUCUCCAGGGCUGCCAGAGUCAUCUAGUCAAUUGCCAAUUUUCCUACUCCUACACGGGUUCUCAAUGAAAAUGUACUGUCUUUGCAAUCUAAAGUAGAGUUGCUUGUCUGUUUUCUCAUUUUGUGUCCGGGUGGCUGUACAAUCCAGCAGCUGCCUUUUCUAGACUUGCCCUCCUCGCCCAUGUUUUAUCA